CAAUUGUAAUCACUUCUAUUGACUAAAGAUACAAAGGGAAUUGACCAAAAUCCCCACAGAGUUGUAAGUUGUGUGAUUCUAUAAACUUUAUUUGGAGAUGCAGCUUUUAGAAUUCAGAAGUUCUAAAAACUUGGGUCUUCUUCUUUUUUUGUUGACACGUGAUGGCAAAGUUGAAUUGAAGAAACAGAAUUCAUGUUCUUUACAAUUGACCAAUAAAACAGAUAAAUACGUGGCAUUCAAGGUUAAAACAACCAACCCCAAAAAAUAUUGUGUCCGUCCCAACGUUGGUGUCCUUUUGCCUCGAACCGCAUGCAAUGUUACAGUUACAAUGCAAGCUCCAAAAGAGGCACCCCCUGAUUUGCAGUGCAAGGACAAAUUUCUACUUCAAAGUGUUGUUGCACUGGAUGGUGCAACCACAAAAGACAUUACCCAGGAAAUGUUUAACAAAGAGGAUGGUAAGGUUGUGGAAGAGUUUAAGUUAAGGGUCAUUUACAUUCCUGCUAAUCCCCCAUCACCUGUCCCUGAAGAAUCUGAAGAAGGUUCUCCUCCCAGAUCAUCAGUGCUUGAGAAUGGGCAUCAAAAUCGGUUAUUGUUUGAUGCUGUAUCAAGAUCUUUAGAGGAGCCUAAAGGGAAGUCUUCAGAGACAUGUUGUCUGCUUGAUACUUUCUCGAGGUUCAUUGUAGAAUGUCCUUAUAUAUGUUGAGACAAAGUGGCAAGAAGCUAGCAUUAUGAAGGUAGUAAAUGGUGGUACGUACUAAGUGUCCUUAUGUUAAUAAGACAUUUAUGUCUUCUAAUUUCAUCUGAGUCAUAGGUUUUUGACAACCUCAUGAAAAUUGUGAGUGGGGCACUUCAUUCAAAUGGAAAAUUGUGAUGUGAUUGUGACUACCAUUUAACAUUGCAUUUGUGCCUGGUCCAGCAUAAACAGAAAUUUUGCUUUUGAACUUAGGACCUAGCAGGUGGGUGUUGGAACCUUCACCCUUCUAUUGCAAUUGAUUUGGUGACAUUUUAGUAAAAGAGUUGUUAUUGUGGUUAGGAGCUAUUCUAGGAAACUAUACUUCUUCAACCAAGCUCUUUUUAUCUUAAUUGUGCUGGGAAAGGCAUCUCCUGUGACAUAUUGAAGGUGGUAGCCCGGUCUAUCUCUCUGGGUGUCAUCCACUUCAUGGGAUAUUUUUAGCUAAAUGAAGAUCCUAUUUCACUUAGCUAAAAAUAAGCAUUUUAUAUGAUAAAUCUUUAGUUAUGGCUGCAGAUUUAAGAGCUUUUAACAUUAGAAGCAAGUGAAGACAGAGGGAAUCAAUGCUUGCUGCAGUAAGCAUUUUAUACCUUUCAGAUCUACUUUUUAUACUUCAGCCUUGCUAAUUUCCUUUAGUUUUCAUCAUCAUCACUUUAUUUGUUAGCCAUGAUAGAACAAGAGAUAUUAGAAGCUUAUAGUUUGACCUAAUGGUAGUGGGAAACAUCAAAGGAAAACAUAAAACUCAGCUGCAUACUUGUCACAUGCAUACCUGCAUAAAACUCAGCUUGAUCUUCUAUGAUCUGUACUUGUCCUCUAUUCUAGUCACUUGUCACUUGUAGAACUAUGAUUUAGGCCACCAUGAGAUUUGGAAUAAGUUACCAUACGCAACCUCACAGUCCCCUAUUUUAGCAAUCCAAAUGGUGUUCAUUUCAUGCCAUCUCUCUGGUAAGCAGCUUAAUUUGUUCUUAAAUUUAGCAGUCUGAUUUUUGUCACAUGAUGCAAUUCAUACUUCAUUGAAGCAACUGUUUCUUUUAAUGCAGAGGUUGUUUUGAUGUUUGUGAGGAUGAUGUUAUUGUGCAUAGUCCAAGAGCUGUGGAUCAAGAAAAUGGAAGAAAUGUGGGUGCGUGUUCAGGACAGAGUUGUAUUUUACCACAGCAUGUAAUUUCUGAGCAUAAAAAAGUUAUGAGCAGUUCAGUACUAGCAGAGAAUGCUCUAUCUCCUUCGCUUUUGUUGGUGACGGGGACAGGUGUCGGACAAUAUUAUAUAUUAGAAUAAAUGUGUGAACGUAGUUGAGUUAUUCUUUGGUGAAAGUUUUCUAAAUCAUGCAUGAUGGUGGAUGCAAUCAUUUCAGUUAGCAAGUAGAUAGAUGUGGAUGAUGUGGGGUCCAUGGUAUGCCUUAAUAGCAGUUAAUGUUAAAUGGAUAAGAGUUCUUUAGUGUGUCCUUUACUUCAAUGGCAACUGCAGUGUGUGCCUAUUAAGAAUCAUGCGGCAAACUAUUUGCUUUGAGGAACUGUUUUAGCUUGUAAUGUGGUUUUUCAUUAUCCAUAAGCAUCCUAGAACAAAUCGAUGUGCUGUGCUAAGCAAAGUUUCUUGUUGGCUGGAAUUAGUUGUGCAAUGGCAUUCUCUAGUAUUGUCCAUGGUUUUGUAAGGAGGAUGCCGGGAUGAAAACUGCAAAGCUAAGAGAUGAGUAAGAAGUUCUGGACAGACAACAACAUGCUGAUACUAAAGUUCAAAAGAAUCUGGAAGAGAAUCUUCAACAGCUUAUAAAUCGAGAUGACAGGCAAAAGGAAGCUUAGAAGAGUUCCAACAAGCUCAGGUCCAUCCUGCAAGUGUGGUUGAGGGCAAUGCAGUAGUGAGAAGGGAAGCCAGAUGGAAGGCACCAAGGGAGAGCUUUGUCAAAGCCAAAUGGGAUGCAUGGUCAGUUGAUAGAAGAUAUUAAAAGGGCUCUUUACAGUAGACCAGAUUGGAUGGCACAACAUAAAUAUAGGGAAAGUAACACAGUUGCUGAUUUUUCUUGCAAAGUUUUCUUUUACUGUAAAGGAGGAAAGAGUUUGGAUAGAAAGUGGUUCAGUAGAAAUGCAUAGUGUUGUAUUACAGGAUAAACUCUGUAUUGGUUGAUUCAUAAAUGGAAAG